ACAAAGGAGACUACAAAGGUUACUUGCAGAGUUUGUAUUGGUGUGACGGGACUGUGACAGCACUGUGCGCCUUGGCACGCUACCGCCAUCUCCUCCAACUUCCGCCUUUCGUUUACCUCAUAAUCAGCACCGUUUCGUCUUUCUUAAUCAUUCGUUCUGGCUGCCUAUAGUUUGGCAGUCGUUUAUGGCCCUUACUGCCACUGUUCAGUCCGUUUAUCCCCCGGAACGCACUUGGGAUGAAGUUAUCGUGCCUACUCUCCGGAAACGCCUGGAAGAUGAGAGCCAUGUGCUGUCAAAACGGAUGUCUGCCGCAUCCAUGGCAUCUCUCGAGGACAGGCAUCCGUUAGACUCAUAUCAAGCCAAUAUGGUGUAUGUCUCCCGAGAGAAGACUGUAUCUCCCGUAUCCCAAUACCCUAAACCAAGUGCAAUACCGAGACCUAGCCUCUCACACUCUAGGACGGACACCUCAAGCUCAAGUUUCGAACGAUCGUCUCGGUCGGGAUCCUUCAACCGAGCCCGUACGAUUUCUCAACCCCAGCCGUUUGAACCUUCUGCACCGACCACUAGUUCUCCUUUACUUCCACCAGUUAGACCGCCUUCGUCGAGAUCGAAUUCACCUAUGAAUUCUAUGAAGGCAACCCGUAUCCCGAUUUCACGCGGUCGUACGGGUAGCACAUCAAGCUACCAGCCCUCUAUCAACGGUAACAUGGCAAAGUCCGAAAGCAGGACGACUCUUUCAAAGUAUAACGGGCACAAUGCAGAGCCUUCCGCCGAGCUCUGGCCCGUAGAUGAAAGACAGCCGCACUCGUCGGUGAACUCACGUUCUACCUUGCGAACUCCUCGCUCUCAGCAUUCGCAAAUUGCCAAUGAAAAUGCACCCUUUAGCCAAAGUUCCUUGUCCUCUCGUAGCGGUUACGAUUACGACGUGACACCGGCACGUCCGUCAAUAGAUUCUGAAGAGGCUCCGUUCGAACAUUGGUAUCGGGGAGACAUCUCAAGGAAUGGCGGCGUUGGCGAGCUGCGUGUUGCACGGAAGCAGGAGAUGCUGGACAUUGCAAACUAUGGACACACUCUUCGUCAAGCAAGUCCUCGAGUCAUCAUUGGUUCAUCUUCUAGGUCACGGUCGACUUCCAGAGGACGUGAGAAUCACCAAAGAACGAGAGCACGGACAGGUAGUUUUGAUGGUAACAGAGAGAGCAUCUACAUUAGUGAUGAGCAUACAAGGGUCGGCACGAUGGUACUUGACGAGCAGCCAUUGACGGACAUAGAUACGGACGUGGAUGCAAGUAUGGAGAUGACGGACGAGGAUGCGAACGAACGACUACAGUAUACUCCGCGGACAAAUGGCACAUAUUCACCUCCCAUGCGCAGUGAGACUCCGACAAGUACGAGGGAUCUUUCGAACUUCAGGAGUCGAAUACCUACGCCUACGCCAAAAGUCAUUUCAGAACCUCCUCGAACUCCCACCCCUACCCAAGCUCUCCGCGGUGCAUCUGAACCUCCACCUUCCACGUCCACGUCCUCCCCUCCUACACCCCGCAAGUCUGCUAUGUCGCAGUCUCAGUCUCAGCCAGGCACGACCUCACAGGGACAGUCGAACAAACGGAGGGGGAAGAGUCCGGGUCCUGCCCUGAAUGGAACUGCAGCAAAGAAGACGAAGACGUCGAAAUCUCCUGCAAGGUCGCCACCGAAGAAGACGCAGCGAGACAUGGAUGUCCGGCGAUCGAUAUCCCAAUAUCCAAACCCUGAAGGCGAUGAUGUGGUAGAUGCUAUACCCUCAUGGACCCAACCUAUACCUGCUUCUGGGAAUUGGGAUGACGUUGUGCUCCCGGUGGUAGCGCGCAAAAAGGGUUUGGAUGGACAUUAUGCCCAUGCUGAUGGCAGCCCGAAACCGAAACCGCCUACAGAAACGGUCUACGAGCCUGCGCCUGGUACAUUCGGCUUUGACUACUCGAAGUACAGACCACCGAGAACCGAUACCAGUCCCAACGAGAUCCCUAUGGAUGAAUUUGGUCAACGGAAGGAACCUGUACAGGAACAACCUUCUGAACAACUGCGGAUGGCGCUCUCCCCUUCUCCCAUAUCUCCCGCAUCCGCUGCUGGUGUGGAUCGUAGUCGCUCAAGAGCCGAAUCUCCCGCUCCGUUCUCGCAUUACGCUGCUCCGGAGAAGCCUGAUGGUAUUCCUCGACUCGAGGCAUCCCGAUCUCCCGCAGAGCAGCCGGCAAACUUUCCGGUCGAAGAAGAGACUAGUGGAGGUUGCUGCAAGUGUAUUAUUAUGUGACGAUCGCUGCACCCAUUCUUCGGCGCAUUUCCCUCUGGUAUUUCUGUGGUUGGUUGUACGUUAUGCUUUUUUGGAUGUUUACAUCUUUGUCCCGUUCUAACUUCUCCCCUGCACACGCGAAGUCCCUUGGAUUUCCGUUCCCCCUCACCCUACGUUGCUAGGGCCCUCACUCUCAUUUUGAGCUUGUUUGCGUUCGUCGCUCUCCUCCCUCACCGGCCAUUUGAUCCCUUCUUCAUUUCACUUCAAACCAUACCUUACUGUACCAUUCUCGAUUAUUAUAGCUGGAUCGCUUUCCUUUCCUCUCACGCUCGCCCACUUAUCAUUCGGUUUCAGCACCCGUUUUCAUGGCUGACUCGCGCUAUUACCCUCUCAUACCCGACACCUGGCAUUAUUCCCAACGGUUUUUAACUCCAUACCCUCAGUAUAGCAUUGCAUUUGAAUUUCCGCUGCUUGUAAUGGUGACUUGGUUUCAUGGGGCUGCAUGAUCAAUCAGUCAUGACGCUCUCUUUGUCGCCUUCCAUAACCGCUUGUAUUCGCAUCUGCAUCGAGCCUUGUGUUGUAGCAUGUCCUGAUCCGCAGACUGCGACGCUAGACGCAUUGAACUCCAUACUAAACGUUACAUAAACACUUGAUAGAUAUAUUGCCAGGACAUUGUACUAGGGUUGGAACCGAACCGAAUAUAGGAUGUCGUUUAGCUAAUUC